UAUUUUAUGGAUAUAAUUAACAGUUUUAAUAAGCAUGGGUAUUUUAAAGCGGAUAUAUACCAUUUUCUGGAAAAGAAAAAAUGGGGGCCAACAGGACAGGUAACCUUUCUGCUAUGAGUACUUAGGUAUUAAAACAAGUAGAACAUCAGGAACACCUAAAAAUACUGUUCCCUGCGUUGAUUGUAUACUUACUAAUUAUCUGCUGCUCACAAUAUCAGCUACACUUUCACUACACCUACUAUAACUAUGGCCUUACUCCGAACUUUUCCACACCAGCGUACCCAGAUAACCCCGUCUCGCUACCGGCUGGAGUUGGGCCUCAGCACGGCGGAGCGGCUGCAGCAGGCCGGAGACCUGGAGGUGGAAAACCUGGUGUCUGACGGAGACACAGCUCAUGCUGCACUGAUCUUCGCACCUCGAGCCGUCGUGUUCCAGAACUAUAAGCCCAACGAUAAAUACGUGGCCAAGUUUACUGUUAGGAAUACGAGCUUGUCUCCAGUAUUCCUAACUAUGAAGUUUCCGGAUAGCUCCACCUUCUCCAUCAAGCUAUGUGGUGGUCAGUUGCUAUCCCGGCUAGCCCCGGGAAUGGGAGUCAGUUUCAAUAUUAACUUCCUGCCGCUACAAUACGUGGACUAUGUUCAUUGUGUCAAGUUUACUACGGAUACUCAAGAAUAUGUGCUACCGAUCAUUGCUAUUGGGGCACGUCCGAUGUUCGACUUCCCUGACCAAGUCAACGUGCCGGCGACGCCCCUAAAAGUUCAAACGCAUCACACCGUCAGUAUUCACAACAUCGGUUGUAUACCAGCUGGUUUUACUUUGAAAACUCAAGCGCCUUUUACGGUCCAUCCGAAAAGUGCGUUCUUACAUCCGGGCGAGAGAUUCGAUAUCAAAGUGGGAUUUAAAACCAUGCAUUUGGAAGAAUCUAUAGGAUUUUUACACGCUAUAUUUGAAACAGGGGAAGUAUUUUGCAUUCGGCUAGCAAGCUCAGCUCACACGGUUAAGGUGGAGUUAGAGAAACAAAAGGUGCUAUUCUCCGAUACAUUCAACACGCUCGUGCGACAGCAGACGUUCAAGAUCACCAACAAGUCUCCGUUCACGCUCACCUACGCUUGCAUGAAAAAUAGUUGCGUCAAUGCGGAUUUCAAUGACAAAGUAAAACUGGUGAAACUUUUUUACGAUGUGAAGGAAAAUGAGUUGGGCAAGGACGCGAAGUUGGUUUACUACGAUAUUCUGAGCAGCGACGAGCAUCUCAGAGUGUACACCCGGAUAUUCUACGACGAGAUACUGGCGUUGGUCGCGGAUGAGUCUCUAUUGUUUGAAAAUAUGCAUUUUACUAUUGAUCCGAUCAAGGGUCAAAUAUGGCCAAAUAAAACAACUGAACUCAUAAUCACGUUUGCGCCAAAAUUUUAUGGAGAUUUCGAGGAGACUGUUUACUUCGAUCUAGACGGCAUAUACUGUAGGAUCCCUGUCGUCUUGACCGGCGCUUCCCUGCCCCCGGAUAUCGUCCUGAACGUCGAGACUCUGGACAUGGACAGGGUCUACAUCAAGAAGGUUUACCGGUAUGAGGUGGUGGCUAUUAAUAGAGGUCAUAUUAACGGUGUAAUACUCUUCCAAGAAACACCCGUUUUGUUUGGUAGUAAAAUAUCUUGCAGUCCAGACAUGCACUGCCUGAGACCGGGCCAAAAAGAGAUAUUUGUAAUAUCGUUUUCUAAUCCAAAUCAAGGACCAUAUUUUGAAGAAACUCGUUUUGUAAUUCGUGAUACGAAUAUUACACUCAAGUUAUAUUUAAAGGGAGAAGUAAUUUAUCCGUCUUUGAAAUUUAGUACUCCUUUUUUAGAUUUUGGAAUAGUGAGUAUAGGAGUCCCGAAAACUUUGGAUUUAGAUGUUAUAAACGAGUCUGUUAUAAGCGUAAAUGUUUGCAUAAAAAUGCCCGAAGACGGCCCUGAUGUGCCCAGUAUAACAUUACAAGACUACGCAGUAAUGGACUGGCCGAAGCCUGAAACACCUACAUGGCCUAAGGAAUUCACUGUGGAGCCGAGCAAAAUCAAUAUACCGCCUGAAUCAAAAGUUACUUUGAAGGUGACCCUACUAGCAAACCUAGUGCGAGCUAAUCAGACCUCCAUGGAUAUAGAGCUGGAGCAUUCUGACAGUCCUCCACUAGUACUGCCCGUGAGGUACGACGCUCAAGUCCCGGACAUCACGCCAGCACCGGACCUGCAUCUCGAUGUGUGCUUCCUCAACUAUCCCUACCAACAUGACGUUGUUUUCACGGCCACCGAUGUCUAUGGGUAUUUUACUGUUGAGGAAAUCGAGGACCCAAGAGAACUAAAAGUUGAUGUCAAAUUAAAAGAGGGAAUCAUAACGCCAGGAGAACCAACCAUUUUGCCGGUGGAGGUUGUAACGAGUGUUGAAGGGAAUCAUGAAUAUAUUUUAAGAAUCCGUUUGUUUGGAUCGUCUGAAGUGAUCGAUAUUUGUCGCAUCACGGCGUGCGGGGUGCGCCCCAUCGUGUCGUGCUCUCCGCCCAGCCUGGCUUGGGGCAGAGUGAAGCUCCUCACUCCCGACGUCCAGACACUCACGCUCAGCAAUGACUCACCAAUCACUGUUCACUAUACGAUUACUUUGGUCGGCAAAUUAAAGAGUUGGCUGAUAGAGCCGAGCGAGGGCGCCCUACUGCCGGAGUCUCAACUGGACGUGGCGGUCACGGCGCUCCUCCUGGACGCCGGCAAAGCUACCAAUAAACUGCUCGUCAAGUUCGAGCAGUAUAGUGAAACCGUAGUACCACUUACAGCCACUGGCUACGGAACUAGCAUAGUUGUAGGGGAGCAUCGAGACAAAAUCAUACUUGGAUUGCAUUUUACUCAUGUCAAAAUGAACUGUAAAGUUGUUAUGGAAAAUUGUGGCACCAAACUCCAUAUACUAGAGUGGAAUGAAAAUUAUAAAACGUCUAAGAAAAAGGAAUUAACCACGCCUUUCUUCGAUUUGAAUCCCCGAUCAAUGAAACUGGCAGCUGGAGAGAAGGUGGAACUGUCAGUGACGGGUGUGUCACGGACUGCCGCCACAGUGACGGACGUGUGGUUUCUACUCGGAACCGUCGAGGGAGUCAACAAGAAGGAACUACUGCUGGAGUGCCCCGUUACUGCAGAGUUUGUUGACCCCAAACUGGAGCUAUCAACGAAACUCAUGGAAUUUCGAUACGAUUAUGGACCGUUUAGUCAACACUAUAAAAUUACAGAUAUUCUUACGAUCAAAAAUGUGUCUAAAUUACCUCUAGAAAUAGAGAUCGAUAUAAAGCCUCCUUUCGCUGUUUUAAAGAAAAGACAAACGUAUGUAAUUCCUCCUGAAGAGGCAAACGAUUGCUGUUGCAUAAAAUAUUUGGAAUCAGAUAUUGAUAUGGGGAGACUUUCUAAAGAAAAGAAAGAUGAGUCUAAAGUUAUAAUAGAUUGUCUUACAGAGAAUCUUGUACCACCAUAUAUUAAAGAAUCUCUGAAAUUCUUUGAAGAUAUUCAUAAAAUUAAAAUGGCAUUUGUUUUCACAAAUAACAUAGUAGAAACACUUGACGAUCAGAGGGUCAUGAAAUUACAAAUAGUGUUUGACACUACGAAGCACAAAACUUUCAACUCUAAAACCUACACUGACUCUGUAAAUAUUCGGUUCAAAGGACCCAAAAGUAAAGAUGUCAUAAAACUCGUUGGAACAGUAAAUUUUCCGAACAUACGAUUUUUGGCACAACAAGUUGACUUCAAAUGUAUUCGGAAUUUUAGCAUUGAAAGCAAAACUUUUGAAGCAGAGAAUGUGACUCCGUUAUUAGUUUGCUAUAAAUUCUUGUGGAAAACUGUGGAAAUUACCGAUAUAGAACCGCCGCCGUCUGGACCAGAAGAUAGUACUGAUACUAAUGAACUAGAAGGGACAGACUAUGACAGUGCUAUAAGUGCCUCUCCACUUUUACCAGAUGAAGGUCAAGAAACUGAAAUGGAAAAGAAGUCAGCUGUUAUUAGUAUACAUAACAUUACGAAACAAGAACCUGAUAGUCCAGUGACUGACAGCAGCUCUCAUCAGACAGAACCAAUAGAAAAUAGAGUCUUAAGGAAAAUUAUACCAAUGCUUGGUACCGACUACUGCCCAGCUACUGAAGAUUGGGCAAACAAGUUUCCCGAUAAGAGGAAAAAUAAUGAGGUUGACGUAAAUGAUAUUGUAUCGAUUAUACCUUGCAGAGGUAGUUUAGAACAAAAUCGUAACAUGACUAUCAAUGUAGUUUUUAACCCACCAAAAAAUAUAGUUUUAAAGGCUGUACUUGAAUGUGAAGUGCUGGGUGGACCAUCAGAGACUAUACUUAUAACGGGACAGAGUUCGGAUAUGAUAUAUGAAAUUAAUACGCACAAACUAAAUUACAAGAUUAUGUCGUAUCAUGAAAAAGGACUCCAAAAAUUUAUUAUUACCAACAAAGCUCUUUUACCUUUUGAAUACAGAACGUAUAUUAAUACUGGUACCAGAAACGUUAAUCUCACGGGAUUCGUUGCUGACAUAACACCUUCUGAGAAAAGGAUUGAAGCAUAUGAAAAUAUCGAAAUUGAUGUGGAGGUUAGCCCCGGGGUGAUUGGAUACUUUACAGACACAUUUCAGCUUGAAUUGGGAUGCUGUCCGCCCAUACCCAUCGAAGUAGUUGGAUGGGGAGAAAUUCCUCAAGUUUACUUAACAUCUCAGAAACACGAUCAAGCAACUCUUUCAGAUGGAUUCACAUAUUUGGCCAUAGCUACUUUGACACCGGAAUAUCUAUGUUUAGUGAAGGAGAUUUUCUAUAGAACAGAAGAUAAUGAACACUUAAACACCCCUGUAUCGGCCUCACCCACUAUUGAAGAUCUGCCCGAACAUGAAGACUGGUACAUAGUUUCAGAUGAGGACGAUUACCCUUCAUUGAUGGACAUCGAGCUGGUGAUAGAGAAGCAGCUUGUGUUAGAGCACUUGAGGCAGCGUCCGGAAAUACUGCCGAUGUACCUGACCGGGGGGCGGACUGGGCCAAUCCCGGGCUUCCGAACCAUGGCCUGUACUGUUGACUUCGGAGUUGUUAUUAUUGGGACCGUUGUAUCCAUGUCAGUCGAUAUAACGAAUUAUGGGCCAGCAGCAACCAAGCCAGGAUUCAGUAAGAUUGCAAAUAUACCACCAUUCGUUGGAUUCAAAUUGUGUGGAAAGUUGAUGGCAGGUGACGUUGGCAAGAUGGAUGUGAGGUUUUCUCCAACCAGGGAUAAGUUCGUAGAACUUGAACAGAAUUACGAAGAAACUUUCAAUCUUGGUGUGCCAUACGGUGUGACUAUUCCGGUGGUGGUGCGCGCCACCUGCGCCGUGCCGUACCUAGUCUCGCAUGUCACUGCCAUUGAUUUUGGUACAGUCAAGUGUGGAGACAAAGUCGUCCACAAGAUACCUCUCAAAAAUAUAGGCAAGCCGGCCUGCGUGUGGUAUGCAACGUUGACAGUGAAAAGUGUCGGUGCAGCGGCCAUCACCAUCCAGGACUCGUCCGGGGUGUACGAUGCGGGGCAGGAGGGUUGGCUCAGCGUCGCCUUCCGACCUUCUAUGGAGAUAACCUACCACGGGCAGCUCACCCUCCACUUCCACCUGAACCACUCCCCCCUGGUGCUGCCAGUGCGCGGCGCGGGCGUGGUCCCGUGCGUGCGCGUGGUUGGUCCUUCGGCGCGGUUCCCGCCCGCCCUGCCGUGGGCACAGCCGCAGCACGCGUACUUCGGGCUGAUGAACCCGUGUAACUUCCCGAUUGAGCUGGUGUUCGCGCAUUGUGAUCCUAAAUGGAGUGAAGAGGACAAGAUCUACUCGCUGCUGAUGAAGUACUACGGGCAGCCGGCCGAGCUGCUGCUGCCGCGCGCCGCCGCCGGGGCCGCCCUCCCGGCGCCGCUACUCGACUUUUACCACACCUUCACACAGCGCGUUGAACAACUUAUCAAUGAAGAUUCAACGUCUGCUCGAAAAUCGUCCACUACAUCUAAGACCAAAAAAUCCAAGAGUCCCCGGAAAAUGAGUGCCAAAACUGAAAAAUCGCCACUUGAAGAAAUAAGUCAACGAGUUUCCAGAACUGAAUCUGAAAUUAUUUCAGAUGUUUUAAAAGCAUUAAAGGAUGAGAAUAUUGACCCUUUGGAUGAUUGUUUCCAAUUGUUGAAGCCUGCCCCAGCGGAAGAUGAAAAACCACCAAGUUUAAAAGGGAUACUCAUUUUCUUUCAUGGAUCACCUGACCAAGAGCAGUACAGUCAAGAGAUGGCGUAUUCAAUUGGGAAAAACCUACAAAUACCAACAAUAACUUUCGAUCGAGCCUUCGCUGACGCCUUGUGUACGAGCGAGAGUGGAGCGAAGAGCGAAGCUCUAUCGAUCAUAGACGAGCUUUACGGAAACACCAGCGCAAGGCAGUCAAGUAGGCCCGCUGCCAAUGUUGGAGCUUCUACUGAUGAUGCCAACAAUGAAGUUGGGAGAAACAGUGGCCCAGCUGAUGAGGUAGAAACCAUUAUGAUGAAGUUAGAGGUUAUAUGGAAGAGCAAGGCGGCGACUCCGUCGAAGAACCGCAAGAAGGAAGGGAAAGGAAAGGCAAAGAACGCAUCUGUUGCUAUAGAGCAGGAUACCAUGUUUCCAUUGAACUUAAUUCAACGCUUGCUCACCGACUAUUUCGAACAAGACAAAUAUUCCAAGGGAUUUAUUGUUGAUAAUUUAAACAGUGUUGUUAUAAGGACUCCGACAUCAGUUCUCAUGACUGUUUUAAAAUGUAAACGUUCAAUAUCCAAUAUUCACCUGGUCCUGUGCCAUUCAGAAUUUCCCGCGUGGGCCGCGCGCUAUGAACAGAGCCUAGCGGAGAGAGAUAAUAAAGAAUUGAACAAACCUAAAUUGUAUAAUGAAGAGGAAAUAAAGGAAAUUAUCCAGAGUAUUGAGGAAAUGACAGAGGAAGAGUUCGAAAACGUUUCUCCAGAAAUAAAAUCGAUUUACUAUGAACACGGCCUGGCAGAACGGAAGAGACGAAGUAUCGCUAAGACAAUAAUCCAAAUAAAAAAGCAUGGAGGUAAAAAUCGGCCGAAAACGGUACCUACUAAACCAACAACUCAUGAUGUCGUUACUAAUGUAGACAAAAAGAAGUCCAAGAAAGAUGAACAGAAGUCAGCAAGACAAACAACUGAAUAUUUGUUGAUGUCCUCUAAAUUUAAUGAUUACGCAAAUAACACUUUUGAAAGCCUCCUGAGUGUUGCGAGUAAUUGGAUAGUGAACGAAUGUGAAAUGGCUACCCCGAUGAAAAAACGAUCUCCUUCGCUGAAGAAAGCUAAACUGAAAACGGAGACUGAAGUACACCACGAUGACGCUGAAAUAGAAAAAGGUUUUCCUCUAUCCAUAGUCAUGUACCCGAGUAUCCUCUACAAGGAAUGUCUGAUCAACGUGUUCAAAGACUCUCCAGAGGUUCAAGAAGCUUUGAAAGAAGAUCCAAUGCAUGAAAUUAUACACACUGAAGCUAAAGUUGAAAACUACACGGUGUUACUGCCAAAGACACUUCCGGUACUGCAGCAAGAAGAUGCGCUUACGUGGAAGUUUUUGAAGGAGCCUCCUAUCAAAAGAUGCGAAUGUAACCAAACAAUUAAUUUGAAAUUAUUUGACGAUUCAACUCAAGAUAAUGUUAUAAAUUGCCUAUCAAAAUGGCAUUGCUUAUGUGGAAAAAUGGUGUCAGCCCAAACAUCAACGACUGCAGUCAGAAGUGUUGAUAAGUCGGUGGGCGAAUCAGCUGAAGACGACACCGGCCAUCCUUUAUCUCUGUACAGCGUCCCGUCAACUACCGAUAUCGAGCAUCGUUUGGUAUUGGAGCCUGGCGACUUAGUGAGAUGUAAAUUUGCGUUCACACCGGAAACCGAAGGCAAUUUCUUUUUAAAGCGAUUUGUCCAAGUUUCUGGCUGGCCUCAAUCCCGGGUCAGUGUAAAAGCUUCUGGACUCUGUGACCUUCCCAGAAUAGACAGUCGACCAAAAAAGAUGUUCCGUGAUUUUGUACGGCGCUCGGUAGAGGGCCAAGAAGCGGUGUACAAACACACGUAUCUGGAUGACCGGAAACUAUUCCACUUUGGACCUAUAUUUAUAGGCAGCAAAAGAGUUUACGAAGAAAGUUACACAGUCAAAUUGAGAAACUCCUCUCUGAUGAUCGACGAAAUUGGUAUUGAAUUUACAGAAGAUACAGACGUUUUUAAAGUUGAUGAAAGUUUAAUCACAAUAGAAGCCGGGAUGAGAGCACAAGUGAAGAUAUCAGCAGCCCCCACAGCCGCGGGCGAGCACCACGCCACGCUGCUAUUCUGCAUCAGAGACAACCCGGAGAUCGUGUCUGUGGACGUGGCGUGCACCGGAGUCACCCCCGUCAUCGAGAUAUUGCCUCUCUCUAAUGUCAUAGAUUACGGAAAGCUCCUACUUUACCGACGCAAGGAUGAUAGAUUUGUAAUAAAGAAUGAAUCUAUGCUGCCUGUAAUGUGGAAGAUACGUAAUCCCGAAGAGCUAGAGGAGAACUAUACAAUGUCGCUCAAGUCUGGGACUGUACGGCGAUACGACAAUACAGUAGUGACAGUCACUUAUAUGGCAAGCAAAGUCGGAGUCGCGAAAAUACCAUUGAUAAUCGACAUAUACCAGUCCGAAGGGCGUGGGGAGCCGUUACUGAGCCGCACCAUAUCCCUGUCGGCGGAGUGCUACGACGUGCAGGUGCAGAUCGCGUACGAAGACGACGCCACGCACUACCUCGACUACGGACACGUGAAAGUCAACUCCACCGAGGUGCGCGAAGUAACGCUGCUGAACCGCGGGAAAUACAACAUUUACUUCAAGUUAAAGAAAGUGUCAAAGUUUCCCGAACCCAUGUUGCUGAAGUCGAUGCGGGCAUCGCCACAAACGGGGGUGCUACUGCCAAGUUUGAAACCAACGAGGAUAGAGUUCGAAUGUACACCGAAGACAAAGGCGAGUCUACACAACGUGCCCGCUUACACUUGCUUGCUGCUGGACGGGGGGAAAGACCAAGUUAUAGUGGCAGAAUUUCCUAUUUGCAUGUCUAUUGCGUCAUUUUACAAUACUUUUUCACUGUACCCAUUGGGCGAAUUAAACUUAGGUGUGAUAUCGAUGGGAACCAGUGUGACGCGAGAGGUUAUUCUGACCAACACUAGCAAAUGUCCGUUCACAUACACACUUAUAGUACCAGAACAAAAUAUAGUUGAGGUAGAUGUGCCAAAAUCACGUACAGGAACCCCUAAAUCACCUGUAUCUACAAAGGGGAAGGAUAAUAAAAUCAAAAACCCUCCAAUCAAAUGCGGAAAAUUCACAAUUUCGAAUGAUGACAAUCUGCUGGCACCGGGCGCAAGUAGGACCUUGCAAGUGAGCUUCUUUGCCGAAGAAGCACAGAAGUACGAGGAAACUGUGCAGUUCAUCAUCAGCGACACCUGCCCUGCCGAGGCUGAUGGGGUGCCUCUGAGGCUUGUCGGCAUCGGAGCAAUACCUUCUCUAGACUUUUGGAACUUGGAUAAUACUUUCAGGGAGCAGAUGAUUCUGAAAGAUCUGUCCGACUACGAUAACUGUGAGACAACGCCGCACUGCGUGUUUGUCGAGGACUCGGUCACUCUACACUUCCUCUACGUGAUAGUGGGGACGGAGUACGUGGCUACCAUCGACUUGUAUAACAAUGGUCUGGUCCCAUGUGCCUUGGCCAUGAAGCUGCUGUACCAAAGUAACUCCAACGCGGAAAUAUUCUCACUUGACCGGAAUGAAGCACAUAUUGAGCCUUUGACUCAUAAGAAUUUGGACAUCAUAUUUACGCCAAAAGCUCUGGAGGAAUACCGAGCAGUCCUAGAAAUAAGGCUAAAACUGAACGAGAAAGAAAGCCAGUUGUACACCCUAUGCAUAAUAGGCGAAGCGCACAUACCGCGCAUUCAGUUCACUAGUCCCACCAUGACGGCAUUUAAGUUGGGUGAGCUGAGUUUCCCCGUGACAUGCCUGGGGUCAGUGACCGACGCGGGGGUGGAGUUUGAGAACGUCAGCCGGGUGCCGUGCGUGGUGACGCUGGUGCUGGAGGAAGAGGGGGUGGAAGACAGGCGCGUGUUCUGGUUGACGUCAUGCGCCGCGGCCGAGCGAGACGUGCUGGCUGAGAAUAAUGAUGACAUAAAUUACGAUUUUAUUCUAAAACUAUUACCGGCCGAGACAGCUAAAAUAAUUGUCCAUUACAAUCCACUUCGAAAAGGAAAAUCUAAUUGCGAAGUGAAAAUUUCUAUUGCGGACAAUCCUUAUGAAAAUUAUACGGUGGUUUGCUCUGCCGAAGCAUUCAUAGAGGAUGUUGUCUUGAUUGGACUGGAGAUGCUUCCUCCAGACCUAGAGCCUUUCGACACGGACACCACGAUCAGCGCCGCUGAGCCGAGCAAGAAGGCAGAGAGAAAGGAGAAGAAGGACAAAAAGACCAAAAAGAAGAAACAAAAGACUAGAUCGCUGAUCUCGACCAAGAUCAGUGAUAUGGUGGUCGGGGAGCCGACGCUACUUAAGUACCUGUUAGAUUUUGGAGGGUGUGAGGUAGCAGUGAUGCACAGACGGACCGUCGUCAUGGCUAACAACUCCGACAAGCUCUACAAGUUCACGUGGCGCGACGCCGUGUUCCUAUUGGUUAAACCAUCCAGCGGGUACAUCAGCCCCGGAGAGGAGAAGGACUUGGAGAUUGUGUACUUGUCUGCGGAACCCGUCAUUUUAAUGAAGGAAUUACUAGAAUGCAGCCUUGUAGCAGUCAAUGAUGAGGACCUGGCGAUGGAGAUUAAAGACCCAGCUUGGGAUAAUCAACAGUGUGCGGUGGAGUUCGGACAUGAUGGCGAUCUCGGCAUAAUUGAGAGACAGGCACAAAUCACACCUGAAAAAGAAGUAUUUCCUAUCGGAGCACCCCUAACGGCAUUAAAUAUAGCAAUACUGUAUUCAGCAGUCACGGAGUAUGCCAAAUACAAAAGCAAUUUGGAAGACAAAAUACAUCUGGCAGAUAUCUUUAUUUACGAGAGCAAAACAUUUGAGUUUAGUGUCGAAAAUAUUGGAGAUGUACCCAUGAGGAUUGCUUGGAGAUUCUACAUUGACGAACACUUCCCAACAAGAAUUGAUAAGAACAUCAUUUCAGAGCUAACCGUCAACCUUGCGGUAGUGAGUGAGACCGCUGUACCAGUCGAAGAACCUGAGCCAGAGAGUCAAGACAAACCAGCAGAUGAGAGUAGGGUGACGUUGUUCAGUGGAUCUGUGGACCGAGAGAGCGCGGACACGUGGUUCGAGGCCGACCAGCCGUUCAGUGUGGCUCCGAGCAGAGCGUGCAUACCGCCGCAGAAACUCGAAACGUUUACGGUCAAAUUCUCUCCGCUCGAGGCUUUCGAGUAUCGAGUACGGCUUACCAGUGACAUAGAUAACCUAGAUACGCAAGACCAAAAUCUAAGCUGCAGGAUAAAAGCGAGGUCGCUGAUCCCCUACAUACAUCUGGACGUGGAAGAGAGUGACUACUUGACGUCAGGCCGGAGGAAGGGAGGGAAGGAGUUGGCUGAACACACCACUGUCUUAGAAUUCAACGUGUUGGGCUCGGGCUGCUAUAAAAAGUCAUUAAACGUGGUAAACCCGACCGUUGAAGGUUACGAAUACUUGAUAGAGUCGGUAUUGUCGGAUGAGUCCGAGCUGGUUCCGAUGCAUAGCAAUAAACUGAAGGACUAUGUGGACGGAGGCAGCUCCUCUGAAGUCACCUUCACGUUUGUGCCGACCGCGCCGGGGGUGUAUGAGUCACUUUGGAAGGUACAUUUACCUGCCAAGAGUAUAGAACUAGAUAUGUUGGUGGUGGGAAUAGUCAGAGAAGCUAAAGUGACAUUUGUUCCGUGCAAUCUUCUCAUAAAAAAUUCAAUGAUUGGGUUCACAACUUCAGAUACAGUUGUUUUGCGGAACUCUGAAAUGGAGGAGCUUACGUUUGAAUUUAAGGGAAAUUCUUUAUUGAAUGAAUCUGGCAAAGCUUCGGUAGUGGUCCUACCUCCGGAAGGUAUUUUGAAACCGUGCAGCGAUACACCAAUAAGAAUAGUCUACACACCAACAAAAGACGGGCCGCUAACUUUCAAGAUACAUUGCAAAGUGACGCAUGUGUCGCGGCCGCUGGUGCUGUGUGUGAACGCUCUCAGCUACUCGAUACAACCGACUGUCACUUACAAGAUGAAGGAUUACCAGCACACGUUGAACCCUGAAGCUAUUACGAGUAUCCACUUUGACCAGACGGCGUCGACAUACGAACGGACGAUCCCGUUCACAAUAAAGAACGAGGGGUCGGCGACAUUCUGCUACAACUGGAGGUACGCCUGCGCCUCGGUGAGGAAGUACCUGAGCGUGGAGGUGGGCCCGAGGAGCGGCCACGUGGCGCCCGCUGAGGAAGCGGAGUGUGUGCUGCGGUUUGAGCUCAAGAAAGUACCUGUGGAAUGUUUUCCUGUGACGCUGAACAUUACUGAUGGUCCAAUUUACAACAUUCUUUUGCAUGCCGAAAUAGAGAAGCCGAAAUAUCGAUUCAGUAAUAUCAACAAUAUGGAACACGAUUUUGGGAAGUGUAUCGUCAAUGCGCCCGAUGAUACUUACAAGAAAACCUUCCUAAUAUUUAACGACGACCAAAAAGACUUAUUUUUAUCGUGUACAUUCUCGAACACCCCUAACUUGUUCGUGCACAUCCACUCGGGCCGUUCCCUGGCGCCCGGAGACUCGGGCAAGGUCUCCGUGUACUUCAGGCCUAAGGCCGUCCAACUAUACGAGUUUAAACUGUCGUUCUGGCUCAACACUCUGUGUGAAGAGGUGGUUACUAUCAAUGGAGAAGGGGUUCAGUUACUAUUCGAUCUAUAUGAAGGUUGCCAAAAGACGUUUGAUCUGGGACCCGUAAAGGUGGGAGAAAAGGUGGUCAAAGAAAUUGAGGUGAUGAACCAUAGUGAAGUGGCCAUUGAAGCUUUUCUGGACUUUAAGAGUAUUUAUCCAACUAUCGAAGACGAUGACGUGUCUUCCCAAGGAACCAGCAUCUGUCUUUGUCCAGAAAAAACCGGGCCGGUUCAUGAAAGUCCUGUAUCCAGAGUCGAUAACUUGAAAAGAUUCAAUACCAAGAAAGUGGAUGAGCAGAUGGCUAAAGACAAUCAGAGAGCUCUAUCUUCUCUGAAAGUUGUACCAAAACGAGUGCUUCUCAAGCCUCAUACGAAAAUGCCAGUAAAGAUAUAUUUUAAACCAUUCGGACUUAUCAACAACUUUGAUGUCCAAUUACAUAUGGCAGUAUUAUCGACGAUCAAACCGCUAGUGCGCCUUCAAGGCAGUGCUACAGACAUGUGUUUGUGUCUGAGCCAAGAGUCGCUGCAGUUCGGGACGGUUCGGAAGAAGGGAUGCAAAGUGAUGAAACUCAUGCUUAUGAAUAAGGGCGAUUUCGGAACUAGAUUUUGGUGGCAACCUUUGAUUACAGGGGAGUUCACGAUCUCCCCCAUGCAUGGCAACAUAGAGGCCCGCGCUAAUGUCACAUUCACGAUCACGUACAGACCUAAAAUGCACAAUCCCUUCGUGAAAGUGUGGGCGUGUUGCGUGAUAGAGAGGUACAAGCAGCUGGAGGUGGCCAUGUUCGCGGCCUGUAUGGACACUGGCGCCGUCCAGACUCAAACCCUGUACUUCCACGCACCGGUUCGAGAAACUGUUACUGAGCAAGUCACCGUUGUCAAUCCAUCGGAUGAGCCAUGGCUAGUUCUUUCAGAAAUGACGGGAACUAGCGGCUGCUUUGAAACGCUGAAGGAAUUUAACAUCCAACCGAACUCAAAGUACCUCAUUCCGAUUACAUUUAAACCAAGAGUCAUGGGGGUCGCUGAGGAACAAGUUUUAUUCGCUCCCCUAGGGGAUCAGUCUCUCAUGUUAAAACUGGUGGGGGUCGGAGAGCAUCCGAAACCGAACGAAGUAAUCGAUUUCGAAGUACCAGCUAAGGACCGGUAUACGCUGGACUUGAAAGUUUAUAAUAUUACAGAGGUCCCAGAAACCUACACAGUAUUCUCCGAAGUGGUGAAGACAGUGCCCGACAAGUUCGACGGCCUGUACGAGCUGAAGUACCCGCGGGAGGUGCGGGUGUGGGGCGACGCGGCGGCGCGCUGCCCCUGGAGCCUCGUGUGCUACGGACCCUGCGCCAUGCAGAUUAAGGUGAUGUUCGUGAACGAAGACACCAAAGAGUACCAAUAUUACACGAUAAACGCGACAGUGACACGGAGCGAUAUUGUGGACACGAUCCACUUGGUCGCCACCGCUCGAGACACGGCUCAGAGGGAAAUCUCGGUUACCAACCCGCUGAGCCACGACAUCGACUUCCGAGUCAGCAGCCCGUCGCUGCGGGUGCCGGAUACUAUCACCGUACCGCAAGGUGCACGGGCCAGUCUCUUAGUGACAUACGCGCCUCUAAUAGUCGGGGAGACUGAGGAGUUGCUGGAGAUCCAGCACCCGCUGGUGGGCUCGUGUGUAUACAGGAUGAUGCUGAGCUGCCUCCCGGGCAAGGUGAAGAGAGUGGCUGCGACCUGCCCCCUCGGCGCCUCGGUGCCGCUGCGCUUGAGAGUGCAGAAUAGGAAAGAUGCGAAGACCGAGUUUAGUGCAACGACAUCCGACCCUUGUAUUGUGCUGGAUAAGAAGUACGUGCUAUCCCCUCUGGAGAAGGGCAAGUUUGUGGUGUGGUUCGAGCCGACGCGACUGGGCGAGCUCACUUGCGAGGUGACCUUUGAUUCACGCGUCGCCGGCAAAUAUGUGUUCGCUAUAUCGGGCGUGGGCACGGCGCCGCGGCCGCGGGGCCCCUACUCCGUGCCGGUGGGGGCGGCCACCUACAUACACUUCAAGAACGUAUUCGACGAGGCCAAGACGUUCCAAAUAAACGUUGACGCUCCAGAAUUCACCGUCGACUCCAAUCUCGAACAGAUCAAUGCCAAACAGGAAAUUAAGGUGGCCGUGCAUCUAUCCAGCUCUGUCCGGGGCGCGGAUCCUCUGCCGUCGGGCAGCGUCAGCAUCGAGUGCUGCCCGCCCGAGCCGCCCCUGACGUGGACCUACUUCCUCCAGGGUGUACCCUGAGCUUCAAUAACCUCACAGCAUCAU